AUGGCAAUACCAGUCGUGUCAACUACUACAAACACCACCAACAUCGCCACCACAACAACCACCCACCCCCAUCCCAACGCGACCCCCCAACCCCAACCGCAAAAGCCAACGCCACCGCAGACGUCCCCAAGCACCCCCAACCCAUCCCAAUACCUCCAAAUCCCCAAAAUAACAAUCACGCACCCAACCAUCAAACAGAAACUCCUGCUACACCCACACCCCCCCACCGCCGGCCACCGCCUCCAGCAUGGUCAGCACCGGCACCCCGCGACCGACACAAACGCCCCAGACGUUCGCACCCGCGCGCACUCAGACGUCCGCAUGUCGUUUGCACCUCGAAGCAUGUCGGCAUUCACUACAAGCAGGGGUGGCAGGGGUGGCAGGGGUGCAGUUGGACACUCCAAGGCGGCUGCGUGCGCGCCAGUAGUCACGAACGCGACGGUCCAGUGGAUGGGGAACGCUGCGGGUCACAGGGUUUCCUCUGGAGGGGCAACACAAACGGAUGUACGUCACCAUUUCGUGGAUCCUCGGCACAAGAGUUGGGAGUCGGGAGAUGAGGCGUCGUUUGUUGUUAGCGAGAAGAAGCAGAGACGCUGGGGAGGCGAAUGGGAGCAUUUUUCGUACGAGAGGGAGCGGCAGAGGGGCGAGGAGGAGAGAAGGGCGAGGGAGAGGAGCGAAUGGAAGCCGAAUCCGGGGGUCACGUUUGAAGGGAUGGAUGGUCUUAGGGCUGUGGUGGCGAAUCCGGGGGUUUUGAGGUUGAAGUCGAGGGAGGGUGGGAGACGGGGGAGGAGGGUUCCUGGUAAUGGAAUUGGGGGGUUGAAGACUAGGUCUGCGAUUGGGAAAGGUGGAGGGGGGUCUGGGGGAUACCAGGGAGGUUCUGGAGAGGGGACGAGAACGGAGAGGGCAGAGUGGAAACCGAAUCCGUACGUCACUUUCGACAGUAUGGGGCUCUGGCCUCCUGUCAGCUCCAAUCCGGGUGUACUGCACAUGCCUAGAUACGACGAUGGCAGUCUUGAAGUCCGCGAGAUGUUGGAAGAUUUCGUCGAAGGCCUAGGAGCCGGACUGCGAAGUCUGGUGAAAGGCGUGAGGAAGACGGUCAUCCGAUCUUGGAUGAGUCCGAAUCAAAGAGAAAAACUAACUGUUGUAUCAUAA